AUGGAGAUCGAGGUCCUGCAAGAACAAGAGUCUCUUCCUGUGACCAUGCUCGUCGACGGUGCGAUCUUGUCAGCCACUCCGUUGCUGAGCACGUUUUGCCUGGGCCACGUCAGGCAUCUGAACAUCGAGGCCCUGAUGCAGGUGCAGCUGCCGCAGGCAGACUUUGCAUACUUGAGCGCAUGCCACACGGCGGUGGGGUCUGUCGCGCGGAACGAGUCGAUGAGCCUGGCAGCGGCGCUGCAGGUGACCAGGUUCAGGUCGAUCGUGGCGAAGAUGUAUUCUAUCGGGGACAAUGACGGACCUGUUGCGGCAAGGGAGGUGUACAAGUACAUGUUCCGAGACGGUGCCUGGGCUGCACGGUCGUCUAACACGGCCAUUGGGGUGCACCAGGCAGCGCACGCACUGCAGUGGUCGGGGGCGCAGCUGUUCCGCUGGGUUCCGUUCAUUCAUAUCGGGCUGUG